UAUAGUGUAAUCUUAGCGAAAUUUGUGAUUAUAGAAGUAUAAAAUACAAUCAUAAUAGUGUACAAACUUACAAUUCCAAUUGAUUAUAGUCGAAUUUCGACUACUGCGGGACCUCUAGUAUUUAUAAAUUUACUUACUUUAAUUUCAAACAAAAACGUAACUGUAAUUAAAUAUAUUUACAAAUAAAAAAAUCCGAAUACAUUUUUCCGCUAGUGACGACGAUACGGGCGCACGCUUGUAUAUUAUAAAUAAAAAAAAGUAGAGUUACAUUCAUUCCGUUUCAUAGAAGCAAAUGCGAAAAUUAUUCUCACACAAAUCCAAACGUUUAUACACAUGCAAACACACAAUUAUUUGCACACACACACACACACACAAACACAUACAGUAUAUGUUUCGGUUUUGGCGUAUAAAAGAGAUGAGUUUUAGAUACAUGAUCACUCAGCAUCCGUACAUCAACGAGUGAUAAAACUUACAUUGUUGAAUAUUCCGAAUUCAAAUACUGAAUUAAAAUGAAGUUGGUGACGGCUUGCGCACUCCUCAUAGCUUCAGUAUUGGCGGAGCCUCCUGUAGACAACAGGUACCUCCCUCCCUCGCAAAACUAUGGACCUCCAGAUUCGGGUGUGUUCGGUGCUCGAGGACCUAAUGGAUUCCGCUUCGGAGCUCCCCACGGUGCCCUCUCUGCUCAGUAUGGGGCACCCCAAGUGACGUUGAACAGUCAAUUUGGCAAUGCCCCAUCUACCCAAUACGGCGCACCCGAAGCCCCAACAGCAAAGUACGGGCCGCCUCAGAGUAGCCCAGCGAUUUUGUACGGCGCUCCUCGCGAUGGCUUCGGACCUCAACUGAGUGGUCAACGUGUGAACGGGGCCGACUUUAGCGAUUUACAAAGCAGACAUUACCUGCCCCCCGGAACUGGUAGAGAUGGGUACGGCGCUGAGGAAGCUAACGGCGAACCUGCGAAGUAUAGCUUCGAAUAUAUGGUGAAGGACGAGUAUUCUGGAAAUGAUUUCGGUCACCAUGAAACCCGGCUCGGUGAUAGAGCAGAAGGAGUUUAUUACGUAGUUCUACCAGACGGCAGGAAACAGACUGUUGAAUAUGAAGCCGAUCAAGACGGAUACAAACCAAGAAUAUCCUACGAAGACACCGGUCUUGGAGCCUUCAGAUCUGGCCAGGGAUAUGUCAAUGGAGGCUACAGCCAGGACGGGCCCUACUAGUCGAUAACAAAGGCUACCAACCCAUCAUUUGUAUAUAAACAUUUUGAUGAACCAUUAAAUAUCAAAAAUUUUCAGAUUUUUUUAUUUUAUCGAUUCACUUAAAACUCAAAAUUUUUGGUAAUUUAAUGACAGAAAAAACUUCUAAAAGUACAUUAAUGUACGCUAACUUUCCUUUAUUACACUUCAAAACAUUUUUAUUUAUAUUUUUUUCAAUGUAGGUACCUUUUGUUAAUUUUAGAACCACCGGUAUUAGUUAUAACUAACAUUCGCUUUUUGUAAAACAUAAAAUCACUGAGAUUUACUUCCUAAUCGUUUUCCAAAUACCUAAACGCUGUAUUUUCUUGUUAUUUGGUAAUUUAUAACGAAUUCAUGUAAAAACUUGCGCUUUUAAUACUGAUUAACGUGAAAUAUUGUAAAUAAACAACGUAACGCUUAUUUAGUCUUUAAGCUUUUCAUAAAAAUAUAAAUUGACCAAGAUGUAUUGUAUUUUUUAUUCAAUAUUCUAUAAACAAUUUUUAGUUUUGGUAAUUUGGCCAGUAUAAAAAAAUACGAUUUCAAAUAAAUAUAAUUAAAAAAUUGA